CCUGUGUUUGAAUGAAGAAUGUCAGUCGAGUGUCCAUGAAAUAAUAUAAAGGCUUCUUUUUUUUUCUCAAAAUGCCUAUCGGCCUGAGAGUUGCAUUCGGUAUCAUUGGAACAUUUGCCAUUUUAAACAACGCUUUGUUGUUGGUGGUUAUUUUAAAGAAUCGGUCCAUGCUGAAAACGCCGUACAACACGCUAGUUUUAAGUUUGGCCAUCACCGACUUUAUCACAGGUAAGUACAAUGAUGUGUUUGUAGUGUUUGCAUUGAGUGUUGCCCUGUGUUAUGUAUUUUUGCAUCGUACGAAUUGAAAACAUAGUGGUCAAUGAAUGACGAAAAUAAGGUGAAACGUUUUUCGAACGGACAUGAUCGUCAGCCGAAAGUCCUAAAGAAUUUCACGCUUUGUUUUUGCGGUACACCGAAUUUUAAUUCAGCUGGAAUCUAUAUAAAGGGAAGAAUAGCAAAGGGAAAAAGUGGAUCCACCGCCUUAAUUAAAAACAAGCCCACAUUUCACCAUCGCUAGAUUUGUUUACUGUCAGUUGAUUAAACCUUGCUUCCUUAUUAUCUGGUUUUCUAGCUGCAGCAUGUGAUAAUUCUCAGCCUGUGACAAUCAGCACUCUAUAAAACUUAUCACCAACCGGGGGUUUUGAUUCACAGUACACGCAUAAGUCUUUGGUAUAGAAAGAGGUCGUAAGGAACACAAGAAGGGGUAGUUAGAAAAAGUUUGACGGCACGAUAAAAUGUUUACAUUCUUUGUACACAAGGUUUUAGGUUUCACCCUUUAGCAAAAUAAUGGCUGAAUUGUAUAUAACCGCGAGAAAAGGGACAGGUUUGGUGUCAUGGUGUUAAUUAACGCACUCGCCCUAACAUUUUCUUUAAACAAAAUUUCGCUUUCUGAAAAUCUUUAGAGGAACUGCUAGGCAAGAUGGCUGGGCAUUUUCGGAAAGACGGCUUACUGAGCAGCUGGAAAAAAUAAGCAGAAUAAAUUUGCCGUCAGAUAAAAAAUAUGAGAACGAAAUUUCCGAUCGGUCGUUAAUUUUCCUUCAAAAUCCGUAGAAUAUUCAGUAUGUAGUCAACGAUUAGUGAACAAGGUUACUUGCACGUAUGCUUGGGGGCAUUGCAUUGUAUCUGAACUAGUAAAAACCAGCAGAGCAGAAGAUAACGCAGAUUUCAAGUGUUCCGAUUUCAAUUAUGGUAGGGCCGCCUGCCUUCAAAACUGACAGGAAUGCAAAAAUAUAACUUGUUUGGGGUAGGUUAACUGGUUUUAGUGAAAAAUUGUGGGUCUUUUUCAGUGGAUUUUACAUUAUUUUAGGUUUAAAUUUUGUUCCUUAAUUUCAUUUCGCUGAGAGGAAAGCGAAAUAUGCUCAGAGGAAACUUCUCAUAGUGCAAAUAUCACUGACAACUUUGUCUAUGUUUUUGCCGGACUUGACAUUUUCUUCUACGAGAGGGGAAAACGAAUUGCCAAAGUAAAUUUGCACCUUGUUAGGCCCUCCAUUUAGCUUUUUUAUAAUAAUUAUUUACCUCAUUAUUUCAGCUACAGCUGCUCCAAAGGAUAUUAAGGCUUUUAAAUGUGAGGCAAUUUUUAUUUCAUUGCUUCGAUUUAUUUGCAACGUUGACUUCCACAUGAAAAAUGAUCAGUCAAAUUCAGAAGUACGAGCCUAAAAUAUGGUCAAAAUUCUGGAGUUUCAAACUACUGAAUUCCCGAACGAGCCCUUCUCUUGACAAGCACUCCCUCGUUUAUUUCAUCAUCAUAUCAUUUAAAUAAUAUGGUCUUUAUACUGUAAAUAUUAGUUUCCAGUCUGGUUAAACAUGGCAGGUUGUCACUGCCGUGUAAAUAUUUCGAAUUUGAUUCUCAUCAUUCUUAAAAUAGAUUACAAUCAAUCUGAGUAACCUGUGUAAACUGCUGAUUUGCAUGACUUUCCUCUUGUUCGUACUAUAUUAUACAUGCAUAUUGCUUCAAAAUUCAUUUUGGUCCAUUUAUCUUACAUUUGUCCUAUAAAGCAUCAUUUCUUUAAGUUGAACUUUAGUUAAUUGUUGUAGUUUUUGGUUUUGUCGAGAAUUUGUCUUAAUUUAUGAAGGUGUAGCACAUGGACCUAGGCCUUGGAUAAAUUUUUGUCGCAUUGUGUACGAGAAAAUGAAAAAUGAGGAAAAAUCCUGACUUAAACCCCCCGCCCUACCAGUAACUCCGUCUCCAAUUCUCUGUUUUCUUCCCAUUUUUCAUUUUCCUCUCCCAUGCUCGUCCCCCUUUACCCGUUCCCCCCAUUCGCUGUUCCCUAUUCUCGUUCUCCCAUUACCCUCUAUAUUCCCCGUUUUAGUAACAUUUUGAACAAAAUAACUGAGCGGGUGUAUCUGUUUGUUAUAUGUGUUAUAUGUCGUGCACUAAUACGUGUCGUGACAAUUCUUUCAUUUUAAAAGGAGAGAUGUUGAAUACCAAUGAGAUCUUUCUCGAUAAACAUUUCAAAGUAAUAACGUCAGUGUUGAUCCAUUUAGAUCUUAAUCCUAAAAUUAAUUUAACUCGCCUAAAAAUGAUGAUAAACUGCUGACAUUAAACAUUCAUUAAAUGUGUUCAGAAAAAAAGCGGCCAAAAAGUUUGAAUAAGUGCACGCAAUGACAAAUAUUUAUAUAAAUUCGAACUAAAUAGAAAAUUAUGUCAUUCAGUAAAAAAGUCACGUCUUUACUUAUUAAACUGACUCAGAUUUGCAUCUUUGCAUGUCUUUACUGAAUCACCUCCUAGCACCAGUGUACCCUUCAUAUCACUGAGCGGCCCGUGUGAAUGUUUAGAUCAGUAAGACUUGUAAACAGGGGGUUCUGUUGAAUUUAUAAACCAUGAGUGAUGUCCAUUAAGGUGAUGUUACAUGGGCCGAUUUGCAACGACGAUUUUUAGCGCAGCACGGCGUUACAACAUUGUUGCUACAUCGUUGCGAAAGGCUGCAACAUUGUUCCAAAAUUUGAACCCUGUUUUGCACUAAAAAUCGCCGUUGCGAAUCGUCUCGCGUAACAUCACCUUUGUGGCGGGUGGAAAGCUUACCUUUCACACCUAUAUUCAGUCUAAGACCAUUCAAGAAGUGCUUCAUGAACUGUUCUUUUUGCUGGGCCAACCAAUAAAUGAUCUGCGCUAAAAUAAACAAUUUAUAUCGCUUGCCAUUUCUCCUUUUAAACAUAUAAAAAAUAAUAAUCUACACUCUUUCAGUAUUGUUAACUAAACAAUUCCAGUUUAGUCUCAGGGGAAGAACGACUUCAAAAUGAUUGUCAAAAUGGAAUGCUAAUAAAGAUAAACAUUUCGAGAUUUCAAGAUUUUAAGUGGAAAUUACGAAAUAUCAUAUUUCUAACAGCAAAAACGUUUCUUUGGACGAAAGCUUACUUUAGAGCAUAGAAAAAGAGAAAUGAUGUCACAAAUAACUCUUACCGAAUUUGCAGUUUCAGUCCAUAAGAAUUUUGAAUGUCCAUUAUGUCACGUUGCAGAAAAAUUUGGUGACACUUUCCUCUAGAAAUUUCUUUCCUCUUUUACCGUUUUAACUUUGAAAGCUCUAUUUGAAUAGUGGCAUCUUGAAGGCGAAUGUUCCAGGACGCCUAAUUACUGAGUGCUUCAGUUUCACAAACUAAUUGCACAACCCUUGAUAGUCGUGUUUGUUUUCGCUCCGCGUUUUUGAAACAAAGAAGCUUUAAGUUUAAAAUUAUACAUCAAAAGAACGCAAUCCUCCAGGGAAAAUGUCUCGAAGCUGUUCAAAACAUUGGCAUAGCAGGUGUUUCAUGAAGUCUGAAAAUUCUCCUGCUUGACGCUUUAAUUUUCUGACUGGCUUGAAAAGAUUCGAUUCAUGUUUAACAUAAAAUGCGGUAAACCAAAAGCAGAUUCGUUUGCAACAAACGCACAGGCGUCCCAUUUAUCAGUUGGAAUUGUUUAUUGUUUUGACGGUUUAAAAAAAUACAAAUCUCACCCCGGGGCAAACGCGACCAGACUACGGCUACGGCUCCCUAAGAGCGGAGCUCCCAUCAGUAAGAUUCUACCGUUAACUCAUACAAAACUUAUGAACUCUGUUUCACGGGAAGUAAAAUACGAUGCAAUUUAGAUACAAUAAACUGUCAAAACAUGUUUACUAUGAAGCAAAGCCAUCUGUAUUCAGUCUUAUUUUUACAGCACAAAAUCAUUUUGUAUUUUGUUUUCUUCUUUAAUUUAAAGGAAUUGGUAUUCUUAUUACUCCCGUGUACGUGUUUGGUGCAGACUCGAUACCAGUUCAUCCAGGUGGUCUGGGUCAGUUAUUCUGCCGAAUGAUAUAUUCCCAGUACCUAGUUUUCACGUUGGGUAUUGUGUCCGUGUAUACAGUGACGUCAAUGGCUAUUGACAGAUGGCUCGCUGUAGCUCGACCGACCAAAUACAAGACAGCGCUGACGAGGCUUCGCGUCAACAUCUGUGUUAUGUUCAUUUGGGCGAUUUCCGUUCUGCUAAAUACACCCCAUCUCUUUGAAAUGAAAGCUGCGACUGAUGUUGAUGGGAACAAAAAGUGUAUGUGGAUUGUUCUUACCACGGGAACAACAAGAAAAGUCGUUGCAGUUUUAGAAUUCUUGGGCAAGUUCUUUCUCCCUCUUCUUACCGCUUCAAUUACCAUGAUAAGCCUCAACAACCGCGUCAAGUUAUCACCAGCUCUCUUCCAGUCAAACAGAGGUAGGGCUGGAUUGCGUUUACUACGGAUGUGUAUGAUAACUACGUUGGUGCUUGGAGUAUGCUGGUUUCCUAACCAGUUGUAUUAUUUGUUGUUUAAAUAUGACAUAACUCAGUUGGACACACCCAUGCAUCACUUUACUGUGGUACUUUGUAUGUUCAACUCUUGCAUCAACCCCAUAAUAUACUGCACCAGCAACAGAUCUUAUCGAAAGCAAUUCAAGCUUCUGCUAUGUCCAUGGUACAGAGACAGGGUCACGAAUCUGGAGCUUACUGGCAGUGACGUUGGCAGCGCAACAAAUGACCAGAUCAACAAACUUUUUGUACGUUCCGCGCUCCAGGUAACAACAACGACGCAUACUUGA